UUCGUCCCGGGCUGUGUUAUUGAGACCGCUGGUGAGAGCUAGCGCGGAGGAAAGGAUAUUUUUAUGGGAAGAGGAAUCUACGGACUUUAUCUUCAGAAAAAUGCAGUAGGAAUCGGAAAUAAAUAAGAAAGCACAAUGUCUUCAACGUGGUCUGAAUAUACAAUUGGUGGUGUGAAGAUUAACUUUCCUUAUAAAGCUUACCCAUCACAGCUUGCUAUGAUGAAUUCUAUUGUCAGAGGAUUAAACAGUAAGCAACAUUGUUUGUUGGAGAGUCCCACAGGAAGUGGAAAAAGCUUAGCCUUACUUUGUUCUGCUUUAGCAUGGCAACAGUCUCUUUGUGGGAAGCCAGUGGAUGAGGGCUUGAGUAAAAAGGCUGAAGUACCAUUGUCAUGUUGUUGUACAUGCCAUUCAAAGAAUUUUGCAAAUGAUGACGUGAACCAAGGAACUUCACAUCAUUUCAACAGUUCAAGCACACCACCUUCUGAAAGAAAUGGCACUUCAUCAACUUACCAAGACUCCCCUGAAAAAACCACUCUGGCUGCCAAGUUAUCUGCCAAGAAACAGGCAUCCAUAUACAAAGAUGAAAAUGAUGAUUUUCAAGUAGAGAAGAAAAGAAUUCGACCCUUAGAAACUACCCAGCAGAUUAGAAAACGUCAUUGUUUUGAAAAGGAAGGACAUCAUUUGGAUGCAAAAGUUGCUUCUGGAAAGACUGUGAAACUCAACUCUCCAUCAGGAAAGAUAAACUCCUUUUCUCCACAAAAUCCCCCUCCUGGCCACUGUUCUAGGUGCUGUUCUAGUAAACAAGGAAACAGUCAAGAAUCUUCAACUACUGUUAAGAAGAAUCAUGAGGGGAAAUCCAAGAUACCUAAAAUAUAUUUUGGGACACGCACACACAAGCAGAUUGCUCAGAUUACUAGAGAGCUCCGGAGGACAGCAUACUCAGGGGUCCCAAUGACUAUUCUUUCCAGCAGGGAUCAUACUUGUGUCCAUCCUGAAGUCAUCGGUAACUUCAACAGAAAUGAAAAGUGCAUGGAAUUGCUGGAUGGAAAAAAUGGAAAAUCCUGCUGUUUUUAUCAUGGUGUUCAUAAAAUUAGUGAUCAGCACACAUUACAGACUUUCCAAGGGAUGUGCAAAGCCUGGGAUAUAGAGGAACUUGUCAGCCUGGGGAAGAAACUAAAGGCCUGUCCAUAUUAUACAGCUCGAGAACUAAUAGAAGAUGCUGACAUAAUAUUUUGUCCCUACAACUAUCUUCUAGAUGCACAAAUAAGGGAAAGUAUGGAUUUAAAUCUGAAAGAACAGGUUGUCAUUUUAGAUGAAGCUCACAACAUUGAGGACUGCGCUCGGGAAUCAGCAAGUUACAGUAUAACAGAAGUUCAGCUUCGGUUUGCUCGAGAUGAACUAGAUAGUUUAGUCAACAGUAAUAUACGGAAGAAAGACCAUGAACCUCUACGAGCUGUGUGCUAUAGCCUCAUUAAUUGGUUAGAAGCAAAUUCUGAACAUCUUGUAGAAAGGGAUUAUGAAUCCUCUUGCAGAAUAUGGAGUGGAAAUGAAAUGCUUUUAAAUUUACACAAAAUGGGCAUUACCACUGCUACUUUCCCCAUUUUGCAGGGACAUUUUUCUGCUGUUCUUCAAAAAGAAGAAAAAAUCUCACCAAUUCAUGGUAAAGAGGAGGCAAGAGAAGUACCUAUUAUUAGUGCUUCAACUCAAAUAAUGCUGAAAGGACUUUUUAUGGUGCUUGAUUAUCUUUUUAGGCAAAAUAGCAGAUUUGCAGAUGAUUAUAAAAUUGCUAUUCAACAGACUUACUCCUGGAUAUCUCAGACUGAUAUUUCAGAUAAAAAUGGGUUCUUUGCUCUACCAAAAAAUAAGAAACGUUCACGACAGAAAACUGCAGUUCAUGUGCUAAACUUUUGGUGCUUAAAUCCAGCUGUGGCCUUUUCAGAUAUUAAUGGCAAAGUUCAUACUAUUGUUUUGACAUCUGGUACAUUAUCACCAAUGAAAUCGUUUUCAUCAGAACUUGGUGUUACAUUUACUAUCCAACUGGAGGCUAAUCAUGUCAUUAAAAACUCACAGGUUUGGGUUGGUACCAUUGGGUCAGGUCCCAAGGGUCGGAAUCUCUGUGCUACCUUCCAGCAUACUGAAACAUUUGAGUUCCAAGAUGAGGUGGGAGCACUUUUAUUAUCUGUGUGCCAGACUGUGAGCCAAGGAAUUUUGUGUUUCUUGCCAUCUUACAAGUUAUUAGAAAAAUUAAAAGAACGCUGGCUCUCCACUGGACUGUGGCAUAAUCUGGAGUUGGUGAAGACAGUCGUUGUAGAACCACAGGGAGGAGAAAAAACUGAUUUUGAUGAGUUACUGCAGUUAUACUAUGAUGCGAUCCAACAUAAAGGAGAGAAAGAUGGAGCCCUCCUGGUAGCAGUUUGUCGCGGUAAAGUGAGUGAGGGUCUGGAUUUCUCAGAUGACAAUGCCCGUGCUGUCAUAACAAUAGGAAUUCCUUUUCCAAAUGUGAAAGAUCUACAGGUUGAACUAAAACGACAAUACAAUGACCACCAUUCAAAAUUGAGAGGUCUUUUACCUGGCCGUCAGUGGUAUGAAAUUCAAGCAUAUAGGGCCUUAAACCAGGCCCUAGGUAGGUGUAUUCGACACAGAAAUGAUUGGGGAGCUCUUAUUCUGGUGGAUGAUCGCUUCAGGAAUAACCCAAGUCGCUAUAUAUCUGGACUUUCUAAAUGGAUACGACAGCAGAUUCAGCACCAUUCAACCUUUGAAAGUGCACUGGAGUCCUUGGCUGAAUUUUCCAAAAAGCAACAAAAAGUCACUGAUGUUUCCAAAAAGAACAGAAAGUAUAGGCAGAAUGAUGAGUCUACACUUGAAGUGACCUGUUUGAAGGACAAUACUGUGAAUUAUUUAUUGGAAGCAUCAAGUCAUCUAUCACCAGAAAAUACUAAAGAAGAUGAAGCAAAAAUGUCUGUCCAGGAACCACAGUGUCCUAAAAUGAUUACUAAAAAUCCAUCUCUACCAAGUGGCAUCAUCUCCAGAAAGGAGAAAAAUGGUCUAGUGUUCUUAGAAGAGUCUGUCCAAGCAGUGAAAACAGAAGAAAUUGUGAUUUCCAGAUCCACAAGCCCAACUUUCAACAAACAAACAGACAGAGUCAGCUGGUCUAGCUUUAAUUCUUUGGGACAGUAUUUCACCGGUAAAAUACUGACUGCAACACCUGCGCUCAGGUCAUCAGAGAAUUGUGCCUCUAGUCCUUCCAGGUUCAAAACAGAAAAGAUGGAAAGUAAAACUGUUUUGCCACUCACUGAUAAAUGUGAAUCCUCAAAUCUGACAGUAAACACAUCAUUUGGGUCAUGCUCUCAAUCAGAAGCCAUUAUUUCAUCAAUAAAGACUGAUGCUACUCUUACAAAAGAAAAUCAUUCCAAACAUGCACUCUGUUGUGAAGAAACCCUGGAUCCGGACAUUAAAUUGUCUCUAGAAGGUGAAGAAGCUAAAUGUUCCACUCCAAAUAGAGCUUUUGAAACCGAAGAAGAUGAAUCUAUCUAUUUUACACCUGAACUUUAUGAUCCAGUAGAUACAGAUGAAGAAAAAAAUGACCUAGUUGAAACUGAUAGAAGCAAUAGAUUGGCUAAUAAUUCAAAUUGCAUUUUAGCUGAAAACAUUUCUGAAACUGGAACUAUGGAAGAAGUGGAUUCAGUCAGUGAAAUGAAAGCUGAGAUGACAUGCACAGAUACAAAGUUGAAUGGAAUCAUGCCAUUCCAUGGAAAUCAUGGAAUCAUUUUCCAUUGAAGAAAAUAAAAUUAGUAACGUGGAUGGUAAUGUAGAAACAACUUGGAUAAAUUAAUUGGAACUGAGGAAAACUCAUGAAACGGAAAUAAAGAACUUUAAACAGUCUCCUUCCAAAAAUAAAGGUGUGUUCCCUAGUGUUCGGUAAUAAUACUUAACUCUCAAGCUGUAAAAAUAUUUUGUCAUGCUUAUGUUAAACUCUAUUGUAAGUAAUAAUUUGUACAUUGGAUAAGUGGGGUACUUUCAAAAAAUUUUGGAUAUAUUUUUUUCACUUUAAUUGUCAGCAGAUUUUUAAGUAUAUUUUAUGUUCAGAAAUGUAAGUUUUACUAUUUGAGUUUUGAUAAAGUGAUUCAUACAAAAUAUUUUCCUUAAGUCUUUCAUAGCUAAGUGCAAUUUAAAAUUAAUCAAUCUGAUAGUUAUUUAGAGUUUCCUAUAGCAUUUCCAAUUUCAUAUAAAUAAUCAUAUUUUGUAGUUCUCUUCAUCCAUUUAUUUUCAUGCUGGUACAGAAAGAUUAAUAAUAGCAGGCUAGUCACACCACAGCCAUGUUUCACCUCAAAUCUGUCUGAAACUUUUUUAGAAAUUACCUGUCUUGAAAAGUUUAUUCCCUUAUUAAACUGCAUACUUAAAGCUAAAAAUCAAACAAACAGGUUAUUAAAAAAUUUAUAUAAAAUUAUAAAAUGCCAAAUGAAGUACUCCAAUUUUUCAGUUCUAACUAUUUAGCUUCAUCAUCACUGUGGGGAAAAAGUGAUAAGUUCUGGCAUAAAGCCUUAGUUAUACAAUUAUUAAGGUAGAAAACUUCAUAUAUAAAUUUGAUAAGCAAACACAUAUAUAACUGCAACUGAAAUAUGUUUCCUUAGAGCACAGUAAUUUUUUCUGUGAAUUUUGACUGUUAUGUUUUUAUGAAUGAAACUAUACAGCUGAUCAAAAAUGAUUAUAAAAGAUGCUCAUCUCUGAUGUCAUUCCAAAAAGACACUCACUAAUCUUUUUCUAAGAAACAUCUGUUAUUCAGUGGGCGCUUUGACUUCUUGUAAAUGAUUUGAAUUAAAAUUUUAUGAGUUGUUCAA